AUGGCUUCCUCCAUUGAUACCGUUUCAUCUCCGAUACAUGAAGAAGCAGAAAAAUUAACCGAGUUUAAUCAAGAUAUACGGAUAAAAGAAAUACGUGAUCGACAAUAUCAACAACGUCCAAGUUUACCACGUCAAAUAUCGUUUAGUCAACGUAGAGCAACAGUUGGCGAAGUUCUUUUGGUGCUAAUACCAUAUUUGGUUUUAUUAGCCGAUAUAUUCUUGUUUUUUGUCAUUAGAGGAUUCAAGUAA